UGUGAAACCAAAACCCAAACAAAAUACGGCUAAAAGUUUAUUUAAGUUUCCAAUUUCCCGCUUCUACUACUUCCGUUUCUGCAACUUCUUCUUCGUAAGUUUCCUGUUGGUUUAAGUCGUAGCUUGAAACAUUACCGCCUUAUACUAGUUGUAUGAAUACACACAGUGCAUCUAUAACAAUAAAUUGAACGGCCCGUGUCUACAGUGAGGACAAACCCAAUAUAAUGUCAAAUAUGUUACGUAUACAAAGAUGAUAAUAACACAAUGAUUCAGCAACCAGGCAUCUGGGUUACAACGUUUUCUAUGCUGCCCCUAGCGGAUACACUGGCAAUACAUUCAACUUUGUGCAUCCGGGUCGGGGGACAGUCAUGACAACAGCAACGGAGGCAGAAGCUAUGAGAAAUAUACUGCAAUUUAUGAAACUUAUCGGACAGCUCAAAAGGGUCCCACGGACUGGCUGGGUGUACAGAAAUGUGAAACAACCAGAGAGUGUGUCUGACCACAUGUACCGCAUGGCCAUGAUGUCCCUGACCAUCACUGACCCAACACUGGACAAGAACAGAUGUAUAAAGCUGGCUCUGGUUCACGACAUGGCAGAGUGCAUUGUGGGAGAUAUCGCUCCAGCAGACAACAUCAGUAAAGCAGAGAAACACAGGAGAGAAGAGGAAGCGAUGAGACACUUAACAGAUCUUCUGCCAGAGGGACUCAAACAGGAGAUUUAUGGACUGUGGGAGGAAUAUGAAACUCAGAGCAGUUCAGAGUCCAAGCUGGUGAAACAGUUUGACCUGCUGGAGAUGAUCCUGCAGGCUCAUGAAUAUGAAGAGCUGGAGGGGACACCUGGAAGACUGCAGGAGUUCUUUGACUCCACCAUCGGUCAUUUCCACCACCCAGAUGUGCUCCAGCUGGUCAGCUCUUUGAAUGAAGCCAGAGGAUGCCACAUGGCUAAAACUGCUGAAGCAAAGAAUUCUGGGAAUUCACAUACCUCCGCUGCAGAAGUCGCACAGUCACACACCUCCUGACUGUAAUACACACAAACACGGGGACACAAAUACUCGACUGACCAGAUGUGCAAUUGAAUCUCCUCAUAUUGGAGGCUUUAAGAAUAGAAGACAGUGACACAGACAUAUUCUGUGUGUAUGCAGCUGUUUGUGCUUUCCCUCGGUAUAGCUGUUUUACUUUUCAGGUUAAGGUUCAGAUGUUAAUUCAGUACUUUGCAUACAGAGUUUUACUGAAGUUGUUGUGUCAGAGACAUACUUUCCAGUGCUCUUUGAACACUGAUGCUUUCCAGCAAAUUCAGUCAGUUCUCAGUGUCUCUUUUGACAUCCACAGGUUAAUUUAGGUUUAUAACAGUACUGAUACAUCCAGCAUAAAACAGUUAUUUAUGAUGAUGGAUGAGUGUUUCUUUAUUUGAAUGUCUUGGGGCAUUACUUUUUAAGAGUUUUGGUCAAAGUUUCUGUGCUGAGUUUAAUUUGAAUUCAAACCAGCAGUGUACAAAUGUAAAAUAUGUACUGUUAGAUGUUUUUCAAAGAGAACAUGCACUGCCUCAGUUUUUUUUUAUUAGCAGGAUGAACCUGACAAACAUUUCUUGUUGCAUAUAAUCCUUCAGUACUUUGAAUGUUGACUUGAAAUUUAAUAAAUAUGUUUCAUUGAGAGAAUUAAAUGUGAAAUGAUCCUGGGCAUCUUGUCAAACCACAGCAAAGAAAAUAAAAGUCUAACACGCGAAAGACUAUGAGAAAAAUGAAAGGUUAAACAGGUUGUAUACAGUACUGAAAACAGUACGGUUCUUAAAGGGUGAAGUUACGCAGCGGCCGCAAAGACCACAGUUGGAAAAUUUCAACAGAUAAUCAGAUUUUUUUUUAAACUUUUGUACCAACCUUGUUCUAGUAUAAGAAGUAAAAACUAAUUCCAUACUUUCAGCAUUAAACAGGUUAGUUCUGCAAAAGGGAGUUAAAAAUCCCACCUGUGCAGGUGUGGGCACAGCAGUAUAAACACAGCAUGUACUGAAUUUCAGUGUCACAUUACAGCCAAGGAUUGCGUUACAGCUUCUGUGUGCAGAAUUUACACUAUACUGUUAUAUAGUUUGUCAUUUGCAUAGAAACAGGCAUCAGAUUUUCAAUCCUGUGACUCAGCAGGUGACAGAAAUAGCAUGAUGUUAUUUGGACCACUCUGGGUUAAAAUCUGUUCAAACAGAACUGUGCAUUAGAUUUAUACAUGAAACAAUACUUGUGUUUGUCUACAUUUCACUGCACAUGGAACAAAAAAUGUUGCUUAAUGUUUUUUAAUAGCACAUAAAAUGUAACGUAGUGUAGUGCCUGUUUCACUGUCAUUCCAGCCAAAGUAUGAAAGUAUCAUAACAAACCAUCCACGGCAAUAUGCACUACAAAGACUUAUAUCACAUCUUCACUGCUUCCCAGCUGAAAAGUAUUUACUAUUUAGACAAUCUAUUACAUUAAUAUCAAACAUUUGCUGGCUUUCACUACAAAAUGUAAAGAGUUUGUGUUUUUUCCUAAUGCAAUUGUAAAUUAAAUGUCUUUGAAUUUUGCACUGAUGGAUAGAUAAAGUACUUUUUGUAAGUGAAAUCAGACUUUUUAAAUUACUUAUAAGACCUUUUUUGAGGGAACUUUACAGACCUUCAUAUCCCAUGUCAAAGCAAGAUCUCCUGUCUUAGUGUAAAAGUCAUUUGUUCAACUCAGGAGUUCAGGGUUGGUCACAUCUCCUUGGUUUAUAGCAUAAAGCUUCUGUAAAAUGUAGUAGGUAGUUGAAAAUACAUUUUAUCUAUUUCGUUUAAUCAAAGAUAUUUCUUAAGAUAAUCUAAAAACGUACUUUUGUGUUGUUUACUGUUGUUGGCUGCAGUGAUGGAGAGUUCUGAUGUACUGAGUCCAGUACAACUGUCCGAGGGACUCUAGAUGUGACUUUUUUCUACAUGUGUUUUUCUCUUGUGUUGACUGUAAAUACAUGACCCAAUCUACGCAAUGCUCAGCUGAAGUGACAGAAUAAAUACAGACCACAAACACCAGGCCUUGGUGCUCUCUGCCUCCUGGAGCUGAUGUGAAAUAUCCUCCUCCUUUCAUGCCGUUAUUUUUAAACGUGAUUAUGGUGUCAAUCUUAUAUCACGUCAAUGAUUCUAGGGAUAUGGCAAUUCAACCUAAGUCUCAAGAGACUUU